AUGGGCAGGCUGGAAAGUAUUCGCAUCGGCCUUUUUCCCUGCCUGUUCCCAAUCGGUCUCUUUACCUCGGAAUCCCUAAGUCUUCUUUCUAAAGUUCCUCCACUUCCCAUGAAUUUGGCAGACCCCCGUGAUGGCCUUGAGUGGGCGCAAACAGUUGUCAUAGAGAGCCCUCGUUGGACCAAGGAGCCAGCUCUGGAGGCAGUCCAAGCCUUGGCCCAAUCCAACCUCACCAAAGAGCGAGAUGUGAAAGUGACUUUCCAUUCUGAGGGCGCCUUUAACAAACUGUAUAUUGUGGAGUCUGACUAUGGGCCAAACUUGAUUGUUCGUGUCUCCUCACCGGUGGAUCCGCAAUACAAAACGUUGAGUGAAGUGGCCACCCUCGAAUUUGUCCAUUUGGAGACUUCGAUCCCCGUUCCAAGAGUCAUCGCCUUUGAUGCGCGGCCUCGCGAUGGCUUCCAAUCCGAGUGGAUCUUGAUGGAGAGAAUGCCCGGGCAGGCGCUUCAAGAGGCCUGGAGAACAUUAUCAUGGGAUGCAAAAAUCACUAGUGUCAAGACAGUCGCUGAGUAUUUGGUGGACCUGAACAAGACAAGGUUUUCCGCCAUCGGAAACCUGUAUCAACCCUGCCAGCUGCCAGCAUCUUCUGAGGACGCCCGGUCGGAGCCUUCAUCCAACCCUUCUGGGGAUAAACCAUGUGUGGUGGACCGAAUCUCCUCCUUUCCCUUUUUCUGGUCGUACCACUUCGAGAUGGAAGUUCCCCGGGGACCAUUUACCUGCAGCCGAGAUUGGCUGGCGUCGCAAUUGUUGUUGCAUGCCAAUGAUGCCGAACGAAUGCUAGCAGCGGCUGAAGACGAGGAACAGGUUGAGGAGGCAAAGACCUUGCAGGUCAUUGUCCAGCGACUACAGCAGCAUUUGGAUCCCUUUUUUCCACCACAAGAAGAUAGUUUGGAGGAAUAUACGUUGCAUCACGACGAUAUCUCUUCUCAGAAUCUUCUGGUUAAUCAAGAAGGACAUUUGACUGCCCUGGUGGAUUGGGAAUGUGUCAGCGUCGUUCCGGUUUAUAAAACCGCAGAGUGGCUUAUUUUCCUUGCUGGGCCGGAUUCCGAGUUUGAGGAUUACCCAGAUCCCAACAACUACGCCAAGGUGGAUGGGAGUCUUGAUGAGAACGACAUAUAUCAGGAACAUGUCCUAGAAUAUGAACUCACCAAACUCCGGCCCAUUUUUCUGGAACAUAUGUCAAAACUGUCUCCAAAUUGGGUCAAGAUCAACGAGGAUGAAAGACUUCGGCGCAAAGCAGACUUUGAAUAUGCCGUACAAGGCUGCGCGUCCUACAUGAUGUGGCCAGAUAUCCAAGAAUGGCUGGAUAGCAUGGAGAAUGGGGACUACUACAAUCUAAAGGUCUUACCAUAUGAUUAA